AAACAACAACAGCUUCAUCAUCAUCGUGUUCAUCAUCUGAUGGUGGUGUGGUAUCAUCAUUGAUGAAUAUGAGUGUUUUUACUUUUGGACAAUAUGCCAUCUAUACCGUGAUUGGUUAUAUGGUUAUUAAAUUUAUUUAUAAAUUAAUAUUUGGAAGAAGUUACAUGUGGAAGCAAGUUAAACCAUUCGAUACUAAGAAACGUCUUUCAACACCACUUCAAGAAUGGGUUGCUACAACAAGAAAGAAUCCACAAGGAAGACAAAUGAUUCCUUGUACUAAUCCAGGAACAGGUGAAGAAUUAUGUGAUCCUGUACCAGCAAUGAAUACUCAAGAUGUUGAAGAAAGAAUUUCCUCUGCUAAGAAGGCUUUUGAAGGUUGGUCCAAGACAUCAUUUGAGGAUAGAAAGAGAGUACUCUUGCAUUUGUUGGACAAUAUCUUGAAACACAAACAUGAAAUUGUUGCCAAGAGUUGUAAAGAUACUGGUAAGACAAUGUUUGAAGCUCAUUUGGGUGAAGUUGUCAUGACUUGUGAAAAGAUUAGAUGGUUAACUACUAGAGGUGAACAAUUCCUUUCACCUGAAACUAGACAUGUUCCAUUAAUGAUGAUUUACAAAGUUGCCACAGUUCAAUAUUUACCAUUGGGUGUUAUUGGUAUGAUUGUUCCAUGGAAUUAUCCUUUCCAAAAUGCUAUCAAUGCUAUUAUUGCUGCUCUAUUUGCUGGUAACUCUGUUGUUAUUAAGGUUAGUGAAUGGGCUACUUGGUCAAGUGUUGAAUUAUAUGAACAUUUAGUUCAAGAUGCUUUAAUUAAGGCUGGUUUCUCUCCAGAUACUGUUCAAUUCAUUGUUGGUUUUGGUGAAGCUGGUAAUGCUCUUGCUAAAUCAAAGAAUACUAGUCACGUUUUCUUUAUUGGUUCUCCUGAAAUCGGAAAGAAGGUCAUGAUGGCUGCCACUGAAAAUUUGACACCUGUUACAUUGGAAUUGGGAGGCAAGGAUCCAUUCAUUGUUUGUGAAGAUGCUAACGUUGAUAUUGCUGUUGAUGUUGCUAUUAGAGCUUCUCUUUACAAUUGUGGCCAAAAUUGUAUUGCUGCUGAAAGAUUGUACGUUCAUGAAAAGAUUCAUGACAAGUUUGUUGCUAAGGCAGUUGAACUUAUGAAAUCACUCAGACAAAGACCAACCUGUACUAAGGAUUGUGCUCUUGAACCAGAAGAAAUUAACGAUAUUGGUGCCAUGACCAUGUCAACAUCUAUUGAAAAGAUUGAAAAAGUCAUUCAAGAUGCUGUUAAGGGAGGUGCUAAGCUCGUUCUUGGUGGUAAGAGAAAUCCAAAUUUGAAGGGUCAAUUCUUGGAACCAACUCUCCUCACUGAAGUUAAGAAUGAUAUGAAUGUUGUUCAAGAUGAAGUUUUUGGACCAGUUGUCACUAUUGUCAAGUGGAAGGAUGAAGAAGAAGUCAUUGGAAUGGCUAAUAGUACUUGUUAUGCUCUUGGUUCAUAUGUAUUUGCUGGUGAUCAAAAGCGUGCUGAAAGAAUUGGUAACCGUCUCGUUGCUGGUUUGACCAUGGUUAAUGACUAUGGUUUGAGCUACUUGAUUCAAGAUUUGCCAUUCGGUGGUGUUAAGGUUUCUGGUUUUGGUAGAUUCAAUGGUCCAGAAGGUCUCCGUGCUUUCACUAUCCAAAAGAGUUUCGUUACUAACAGAUUCCCAAUUGAUAUGCCUCCACCAAAACUUAUUAGAUACCCAACUGAAGGUUAUGCUCAUAUGGUUGUUGCUCACUUGGUUGACUUCUUAUAUGGUCCAUGGACUGGUACUGUUGGUUCUCUCUUCCGUUUAGUUGGAGCUUUAAUGGGAAAGAAAUAAACUUGUUAAUUUAUUUGUAUUUU